GCAGCGCCUGCAGCUGGUCCAGCGCCCCCGAUUCCACGCGAUUUCCGCCCUCUAGUCACCAUGCCGGCCCCUACGGUUGCAGCCACCACCUCCAAGAAGAGGAAAAAUGUCAAAUCGAGCGGCGUGCCCUCGUCGAAGCGCCGUGCCGUCGCCGAGAGCGACAGUGCAGUUGCGAUGGCCGAUAUCCAGCAGCUAGAAGACCAGAUUUCCGAGUCGCGGAAAUACUACAACAAUAUCGCAACCUUGAUUUCCAUGCUCGAUGUCGAUGGCUCGACGAAGCCCAAUAUGGCCGUUGCGGUCGCCCUCUGCCGCGUUUUCAGCCGAUUGAUCGCUGGGGGUAACAUGACGGAGACGAGCCGGGCCGCAGAGAAUGAGAAAAUCAUUGUAGCAUGGCUGAAGGAACGUUGUCGAGAGUACCAGAAGCUCUUGCUGUCUAUCAUUCGCCAAUGCGAUUCCUCCUCUCAGAUCAGCGCCUUGACCCUAUGUCUGUGUCUCAUCAACGAACGUGCUACACACAUCUCUGGCGACGAUAUCCAGGACUGGUCAUCAGGUUUGUUCAAAGGUGUCUUCGAAGCUGUCGUCGAGGCCAAGGAUGGGCAAGCGGUCCUCUCCGACUUUAUUGAAAAGGCGAAGGAAUUCGAGGAUGUGCGAUACUACACUUUCAUGCAGCUUGCUGAUUACGCAGACACCGAGCGGAGUACUGAAACAAUCGACAUCCUGAUCUCCAUCCUAUCGGCCUGCGACUCCGUACCGGGCCCCGAGCACGAGUUCGAAAGUUUCUAUACCCAGUCCAGCAAGAAGAACAAGAAAGUGCUCUCCGUCAACUCACACAAGAAGCGGGCUCAAGACGCCUGGCUGGCCAUCUUGCGGAACAACCUUUCCCAAUCGCAACGAAAGACUCUCCUCCGCAUCAUGGUCCACAACAUUGAGCCGUGGUUCAACCGCCCAGAGCUCCUCAUGGACUUCCUGACGGAUUCCUACAACGUCGGCGGCGCGACCUCCCUCCUCGCCCUCUCCGGACUCUUCUACCUCAUCCAGGAGAAGAACCUGGACUACCCUCAAUUCUACCAAAAGCUCUACUCGCUCCUCGACGCCGACCUGCUCCACUCCAAGCACCGCUCCCGCUUCUUCCGCUUGAUGAACACCUUCCUCGCCUCAACCCACUUGCCCGCCGCCCUGAUCGCAAGCUUCAUGAAACGCCUCUCCCGCCUCUCCCUCAACGCACCCCCCGCUGCCAUCGUGGCCAUCGUCCCCUUCAUGUACAACCUCCUGAAAGAACACCCCACCUGUGCCUUCAUGAUGCAUCGCACCAUCAGCGACGAAGACACCAAAGCUCAACUGUUAGCAGAGGGUAUGGAUGAUCCCUUCGACGCCACGGAGCCUGACCCGACCCGCACAAAAGCCAUUGAGAGCAGUUUAUGGGAAAUCGAGACUCUCCAGUCCCACUAUCAUCCUAAUGUUGCUGCGAUUGCGCGCAUCAUAUCCGAGCAGUUCACCAAGCAGUUCUACAACCUGGAGGACUUCCUGGACUACACGUACCAGGGUAUGUUGCAAGCGGAGCUGGGCACGGAGGACAAGCCGUUCAAGAGGGUCCCGGUGGUGGAAUACCAAAUACCCCGGCGGAUAUUUACGGAUCGGAUGCUGGAAGAGGAUGGUGGCCAGGAUUCGGGUCCUGGCAGUCUCAUCAGAGGACUCUGGGAUUUUGCCUCGUGAUGAGAGAGUAUAUAUUCUACGGCUGUGCUUUUAGACUUGACACUUCUUAGCGUACAUAAUUAGAUUUGGCGGGAUACGGAUGGUUAUCAGGGUGAUUAAAAGUUGUCUGCCUUCUUGAAAGAAAGAAUCUCAGUAUUUGCGGUCUAAUUUAUCGAAACAAUAAUAUUGGGGGUCACCCUGAACUUGAUCCAGAAUCGAUCUACCUGGCGUGUGCUGCAUGGUGUGCAUGAUGUGCAUGGGGAUAAU